AUGAUACAAUGUGGUGAAGAUGCAGAUUACAGUAUAGUUAAGGCUGAAUACGACAGUUUAACUGAUUACAAAACAUUGAGACCCUCCAAAAAAUAUCUAGAGAAUCUGUUGAUAUUUCCUGAUGUUACGUGGGACAACGAUGAAGCUAAAAUUGAGACGAUAUACAUAAAUAAUGGUGAUGGUUCUAUACAAAGUAAAGAAAUUGCAUUUGAUGACGAUUAUACAAUGAGAGAUAAGAUACACAGCAUUAUUGUUGAUUUAGUGACAAACUGCAACCCGAAUGAAAAAGAGUCCAAGAAGAACAUUUUGAAGUUCUACAUGAGUGGUAAGGUAACUGAAGAUGAGUUAAGGGCAACAAUAGAAGAACUAAAAGAGCAAGCAGAAAUAUCAAAAGCAGAGGGAUAUUUCUUGGAUCAUUUACUAUAUGAAGAAACAAUAAAGGUAACAACCAAAAUGGUAAGUGACUGCAAGUUAAAAGGUGAAGAAAGGUUAGAAAAACUGAAAAAGCAUGUCCAGAAACUACCAUGUGCAUUAACAUUUACAUGUAGAAAUAACGUAAACGUUACCACUGCUUACGUAUAUUUUGUAUUUGCAAUCGGAGAUAAACGGAUGAAGUCUGAAAUAAUUAAGGUAAAGAGAAUAGACAGUGAAAAACAAAUAAUACAAGACCUGGAAGAAUAUGCGGUAAAAAUACCCAAAGAAAUAACAGAGAUAAGAAAGGAAGAAUCGGACGCAGAAGUAAUAGACGCAGACGAAUCAAAAGCAGAUCAAUUAAAAGCAGAUGAAUCAGACGUAAACGCAGAAGAAUCAAACGCACAAGAAUCAGGCGUAGACGGAUCAAAAGCAGAUGAAUUGAACGCACAAGUAAUAGACGUAGAAGAAUUAAAAGCAGAAAAAUUAAAAGCAAAAGAAGCAAGAAAAGAAAGAAGAAAGCAAAGAAAGAAGAAAGAAAACAAAAGAAAGCAAGAAAAGAAGAAGAAAGAAAGCAAAAGAAAGCAAGAAAAGAAAAAGCAAAGAACCAAGAAUCAAAUCAGGAUUCCACAAAGCAAGUCACAGUAA